AUGCGGGUCUUCUUCUGGAAUAUCAAUGGGGUCUCUCGUGAAGAGGCUAGAUGUAAGUUGCAUGAAUUAGUUAAGGAGUUUAAGCCUGAUAUUUUUUGUCUUGCAGAACCAAAAGUGUCAUGUUCGAACAUAUUUAUUAGGAGACUUAAGUUGAAUGGUUACGAUACAAAUGUUAUUCAUAAUUCUUCGGAUUAUUCUAUUAGUAACUUGUGGGUGUUUACUUCAACUGAAUUGGACAUUUCGGUGGUUGUCAAUAUGAGUAGACAAACUAUUUCGAUUUCAGUUGAUGGUGUGUGUAUUACUUUCGUUCAUGCUAGCUAUCUUCAGGUUACUAGGAGACGCCUUUGGGAGCAGUUGAACAUGGACAAUGUUGAUAUUCCCUGGUUGCUUAUCGGCGAUUUUAAUUGUAUCUUACGUCUAGAGGAAAAGAAGGGGGGUCGUGAACCACACACUUGUGCCAUUAAUGAAUUUGGAGACUGGAUGGAAGACAAUCUCUUGUUUGAAGCGGACGCUUUGGGUAAUAAGUUUACGUGGUCUAAUUGUCAAUCAGGUUCUCGUAGAAUUAUAAGUAAAUUGGAUCGUGCUGUGAUCAAUGCUACUUGGUUGGCCAAAUAUGAGAAUUGGCGGUGUAAAGCUCUUCCAAGGUAA